AUGUUAUCAUUAUUUAAAGCAUAUAUUCAUAUAAUACUUCAAAGAUGUUUUUUAUCUGUCACUGUUGCUUGCCAGAUUUGUUUGAGUUUAAUCUCACAAUUCUUCGUAGUGUACUGUUUCAUGCACGAGAAUUAUUCGGGGCUAUUGUUCGGGGUUUGCAAAUUAUCUCUACGCCCUGCAACUGCGGCAGGUAGUAACCAUUCACCGAAAGACAAUAGAAAACAAAAGGCUAUACAAUUACAAAGGCGUCUUGAAGUGCCUAUUACUAAAUUAAUGAAAUAUCAUGUUGCAAGAAGAAUAGGUUAUCAGUAUUGA